UAAAAUAUUGUUUUGGGCAUGAGAGUGGAGUGUUUUAGAGUUAGAGCGGAUUUUGUCACACAGACCUGGCAACCCUUAUAGACGUUGUUGCUUAGGAACUGGCGUCUCUCCACCAACAAACAUGGCAGACAGCACACCCAGACCUGCGCUCCGUCCUUUUAAAAAGCCUCAAACGUCUUACUCGGAAAGACCUUCCAGCACCAACCUUCAAAGCAGGACUUCCUCCGCUCCUCUGAAGAAACCCCCACAAAUGGACCUCUUGGCCAAAGAAGAGGAAUACAAGCGCCUCAAUGCAAAACUAGAAGCAAAAACAGCAGAAAUUGUUCGAGAUGCAGAAAAAAUCAUGAGGGAUCAAAAUGAGGUGCUCUCCAAACCUAUCUUCACCUGUAUCUCCAUUGAUUCUGACAGUGAUUUGGAGGUUCCUGGGAAGCCAGAUGUUAAAAAAGAACCCACAUCAAAGCAGCCCACUAUGAUCAUGAAAAAUAAAAGCAUCUCUGCAAAAUCCUCAAAACCAAGCAAGCCAAGCUCAGGGAAUAGAAAGAUUCAGCAAAAAGCACCACAGACUGCGGUUGAUGAUGUUGCUAUUCCUGAGGACUUUGGGGAUUUCUCACUUGCUAAGACAAUUAGCAAAAUUGAGGACAGGGUUGGAGAUGAUCUCACCGAGGAACACUUACAGGAUGACAUCAUGCCUAGCGCUGGAGAUGAGAUGGGCGCAGAAGCUCAGAUCAGAUUUUUGAAGGCUAAACUUCGAGUGAUGCAAGAAGAAUUAAACAGACUCUCGUAUGCGUGCAACAAAAAGGAUGAUGAAAACAGCACUCUAACAAGUAAAUUAAAAGACUUGGAGGAGGAACGGGCAAGACUGCAAAGGACUACAAACAUCCAACAGACUCAAGUUGAGAAGCAAAAAGCCUUAGCUGAAGAAUCCAGCAGGAAAUCCGAAGGUCUGCAACAGCAAAUGGCAGCACUGCAAAAGGAGCUGGAAAGCAUGAAGAGGACCUUUAAACAGGCAGCCAGUACCCACAGUGCAACAGAGGUGCGGUUAAACAGAGCUUUGGAGGAGGCUGAGAAGACUAAAACUCAACUCAACAAACUUAAACAGAGCACUAAGGAUUUAUCUAGUCAGGAGCACCAAAAAAUUGAAGCCCUGCAAGCUGAGAACAGAAAACUGGAAAGACAGAAAGCAGAGCUAAUUGUGGGUUUUAAAAAGCAACUUAAGCUAAUUGAUAUUUUAAAAAGACAGAAGAUGCAUUAUGAAGCCGCUAAGCUGUUGUCUUUCACUGAAGAGGAGUUCAUGAAAGCACUGGAUUGGGGAAAAGAAGUCUUAUAAAUGUCUAUUUGGUAUUUUCUAUGUGGAUUUAAAAUAGAUGAGAUUAACAUCCAUUGUUUGGGUUUGUUUGACUAUUCUAAAACUUCUAAACUGUUCUAAAUCUCGCGACGGUUUAUUUACGCUGCCAUAUAAAGUUGUAUUAUAUCAGAUUGCCAUCUAGUGGUGGAUAUUGAAAUCACAAUACACAUCCAAAUAUGACUUUUUAUUGUAGAGUUUAAACUCUUGUUAUUUUUUAUAUACAAUGAUUAAAAAAAAUAUCUCAUUCACAGCAGUAAAUAAAUGCAUUAUUGAGAAUAA